AAAGUCAUAUUUGUUAUUAUUUUGGUUGACACACAGGGGACCCUCACCUAAAUCACGUGACGGUGAAGGUGUGUGGAGCUGGGCGUGUUCUCGCGACUCUAACUGGCGCUCAUCUGGGUGACUGUGAACAAUCCGAAUGGUCGAACAGUGCUCUACGACGAAGUGGACACGCAGAAUAAGGUGGACGUAUCCAUGGCUUCACCUCUGAAAGCGGGAUUCCACAGAUUGGAGAUCCAGAAAACUACAUGGGAUGUUCCUGACCGAUACACCUCACUCAAGCCCGUUGGCUCUGGAGCCUAUGGGACAGUAUGUUCUGCAGUUGACCAGAAGACACAGGAAAAGGUCGCCAUUAAAAAACUUUACAGACCAUUCCAGUCUCUGAUCCAUGCUAAACGUGCCUACAGAGCUCGGCUGCUCCGUCACAUCCAACACGACAACGUGAUCUGCCUCCUUAAUGUCUUCACCCCUGAUUCCUCGCUGGAGAAAUUUGAUACUUUCUAUAUGGUGAUGCCAUUUGUAGCUCAGGAUCUUGGCCACAUAAUGAAGAAGAAACAAUUAACCAGCAAAGUCAUCACAUACCUGUUCUAUCAGAUACUGCGAGGACUCAAGUACAUCCAUUCUGCUGGGAUUAUUCAUCGGGAUCUUAAGCCUGGCAACCUUGCAGUGGAUGAAAACUGUGAAUUAAAGAUUCUGGACUUUGGACUGGCAAGACACACAGAAACUGAGAUGACGGGCUAUGUAGUGACACGCUGGUACAGAGCCCCCGAAAUCAUUUUCAACUGGAUGCAUUAUACUCAAACAGUUGAUGUUUGGUCUGCUGGCUGCAUCCUGGCCGAGAUGAUAACAGGAGAUGUCCUUUUCCCAGGCAGUGACAGUAUUGACCAGCUGAAGAAAAUACUCAACCUGACAGGCACACCAAACUCGACGCUUGUUAUGAAAAUGCAAAGCAAAGAUGCACAGUCAUAUGUACGCUCACUUCCAGUCCAAAAGAAAAAGGCUUUCAAAGAGGUCUUUUCUGGUAUGGAUCCUACUGCCAUUGAUCUGUUGGAAGGCAUGCUGGUUUUGGACCCGGAGGUCAGACUUACGGCAAAAAACGGCCUUUCACAUCCAUAUCUGUCUGAGUUCCAUGACCCUGAAAACGAGCCUGUGUCUCCUGCAUACGAUGAUUCUUUUGAGAGUCUGGAUCUGGCCGUCAGCGAAUGGAAGAGUCUUAUCCACAUGGAGAUCAUGACAUUUGACCCAGACAACCCCGGAGUGACUGCAACAUAAUACCUCAUCUUUACAUCACGAGAACAGCACUCCAAAGAAUUAGACACUGAUGAACUAUUGUUUGCUUUUUUUAAUCAAACACCAUUAGCUAGUUAUCUUUAAAACCUUUGAAACAUGUUGUUAUCAAACACUGUUAACUGGCUAUCUUCAAACAUAGAUAUUGACUACAUCAAGUGUGUAAACCAACUUUUUUAAAGAAUUUUAAAGUACUUUAAGGGGCGGUUUCCUGGACAGGGUUUAAAUUAAGCCAGGAUAGGCCUUAAUCCAGAAUAGUUAUUCGUGGUUUAAAAAAUGGCUUUCUGAAACACAGAUUCAGUACAGAUUACUAAAACUUGGACUAUGGAGUCUUGAAUUAAAAUAAACUAGAUUAAUUUAAAACCAACUGUGCAAAUCUGAAUUAGCAUGAGACAGGUUGCCUGUAAAACAUGAAAAGCUUAAAAUUGCAUGAAACUGAGAAGCAAAUCCAAGGAAAACAAUGGCAGCAGAAAAGACUCCAAUAUAAAAACUUAACCAAACAAGAGACAUUUAUUUUAAAGCAAGCAAAAUACAUCAGCUGUGAAAAAAAGAGAAAUGCCUGGAAAUCUGUUUGUAAUGAAAUCAUUUUAUAUAGAAAAAUUCUAUAUAUAUAAUAAUCAUAUGAUUAUUAAUGCUUUUGUUUUGUCCUUUACAUAGCAACAAACUAAACUUAUUUACAUGUGAUAAUCAGUGUUGGCAGUCUAGAAAUAAUACUGGUUUGAUUCAAAGCACUAUCAUAGUGGUUGCUUCAUUAUAUAAAAAAGGCAAUUCUUGUUAGCAGGUUCUCAACCCAAAUACAAGCUCAACACUUCACCACAACGGUAAUCUCCAAAAAACAUUAACAUAACAAAAACAUUUACAUAAUAGAACAUUAAACAGUAAGAAGUCUCUCCAUAUUCCCAUCUUUCUAAAAAAUGCAUAAAAUAACACUUUUUCAACGUUUACUCUCCCAAUUCAGCCCGGUGCAAAGCAUGAUGGGAAGUGAAAGUCCUGUUUGAUUGGGUUACUUGACUGAAACAUGUUAUUUAAAAAUGAAAACAUCAAGUGAGUUCUAGUAACCAUUUCAAGUUAAUUUAACAUGAAGCAAUCACAUUUGAACCAAAAACAAUGGUGUUAAAUCAAAAUAAAUUGUUUAAAUAAAGUGAACAGCACCAAAAAAAAUUAUAUAUAUAUAUAUAUAUAUAUAUAUAUACAUACAUACAUACAUACAUACAUACAGUGUAUAUCAAUAUCGACAUAUAUCCAAGUAAUACAUGUGUCUUCUUUGAAACACAACUUUAAUCUGUAGUUAAACCUGCCUCCUGGUAGGUUUAAUUUAAGCCUCAAUUUAGUCCUGGAGUAGCUCUAGUCUUCCUCCAGGAAAUCAGCUUAUUAAACUCUGGACUAUACUAAGUCUAGGACUAUUUUAAACCAAGACAGAGAAAGCAGAUUUCAGUUAAUCUGGUUUAAAGGGCCAUUUUAUUCUAGGACUAGGCUUAAUCUCUGUCUGGGAAAAAGUAUUUUAAGAUAAUAUUGAAAUGAGGAAAGACAAAAGUGUAAAAUAAAUAAAUAAAUAAAUGUGAUUUUU